GCUCUAUACAAAUUAACCUCGUCCACCUCCAAAGCUGGCUUCCUCCUCAGUCCUCCUCCCCCUUCUCCAUCUCAUGCCUCCACCAUCCUCCCCUAGAACCCUCGCCCCUCCUCUAAUCCACCUCUCUCCGAUCGCCCCCUGACCCGCCGCGCCAGAUCCUCCCCGGAAUUCCACGCGGAAUUCCGGUUCGGAUCGAAUUGCCCCCGAUCAAGUACGAACGCCUACCUGAGGCGGGGAAUCCUCGGGCGGGGGGGGGGGGGAGGGGGUGUUUCUUGAUUCCUUUUUAGUGCCGCGAUGGGAGCGCCGAAGCAGCGGUGGACGCCGGAGGAGGAAGCCGCGCUCAAGGCCGGCGUGGCCAAACACGGGCCGGGCAAGUGGCGCACCAUCCUCCGGGACCCUGAGUUCAGUGCGCUCCUGCGCCUCCGCUCCAAUGUUGACCUCAAGGACAAGUGGCGCAACUUGAGCGUCACUGCUGGAGGUUAUGGGUCUAGGGAGAAGGCGAGAAUGGCAUUGAAGAAAGGCAGGCGUGUGCCUAAGGUUACUGCUGAGCCAAUGGAUGUUGAUGCAAAUGAUAUGGAUGAUGAUCAUAAUGCCAUCAUUGAUGCAAAACCAUUAGCAAUGGCUGUGGAACCCUUGCAGCUUGAGAGCAGUUCAGAGAAGUCAGUUGCUAGGCUUGAUGACCUGAUAUUGGAAGCUAUAAAGAAGCUUAAGGAGCCUUCUGGGUCUAAUAAGACGGCCAUUGCUGCCUAUAUCGAGGAGCAAUACUGGCCACCUGCUGAUUUUCAGCGCCUACUGUCUACAAAAUUGAAGGCAUUGGUUUCUUCUGAAAAAUUGAUGAAGGUAAACCAGAAGUACAGAAUUGCACCAAGUUCACCUUCCUUAGGCGGAAAGAGCACCAAGGUGUAUUACUCUGAAGAGAUGAACGGAGAAAAUAAUGUUAAACAGCUAACUAAGCCUCAAGUGGAUGCUGAACUGGAGAAGAUGAAAGGCAUGACUAAGGAAGAGGCAGCAGCAUUUGCUGCCAAGGCAGUUGCCGAGGCAGAAGUAGCCAUCGCAGAAGCUGAGGAGGCUGCAAGGGUUGCAGAGGCUGCAGAAACUGAUGCUGAAGCUGCAAAGGCUUUUCUUGAAACUGUCACGUCGACAAUGAAAAACAGAAAUGCUGCUUCUAUGAUGCUUCGAGCUUGCUGAUCCUCUCUACCGAUGCCAUCAUAUGGUUUUAGUCAGUAGAACUUGUUAUGACAACACCGGUGUUCUGCUGCAAAGCUUUUGUUCCGAUAGAUGAGUUUCUUGUAUAGCCUUAUAGAUCAAGAUGCUUCAAUGGGUGGGGUUUCAACAUCUUGCUGCUGGUCCUGACUGCUGUGCUAGCCAAUCAACAGUAUAAUAAUAACACGAAUGAUCGGGAAAGAAGUCUUCAUUUUUUUUUCCUUCCCCCAUUGUGUUGCUUUGUAAUUAAACUCUAGCCCUUUUCCUUUAGAAAUUAUGUCGUCAAAUAGAACUGUAGUGGAAAGAAAAUGUCGGAAAGCUGCUUUAGUUAUGCAAAUUGCUGUGAUAAGAUAUUUCUAGAUAUGAUGAUUUGAUGACAGCAUGUACCAUUAUAUAUAAUUCGCACCUCUGCUGGGUUUUUAAUACUUUUAGGUAUA